AUGGAUUCGGAUCCAAUACCUUCGUCGUCACCGGCGUUUGGAACGCCAGUGCAUCCUUUUCGAAAGAACAAACCCAAUCCGCUAUCUACUAGGACUUCUAUCCUUCCACUUCAACUCCCGCCCUCGACGCUUCGACCUGUCGCUUUCCGUACAUUCACCCGGAAGCAUAAUCUGACAAUAUCAUCCACUGCACUCCAAACCCUAGCCAAUUUUGUGGGAAAAAACUGUGGCGCGGGAUGGCGCGAAGAGGGCCUCGCCGAGCGAGUUCUCGAUGAGGUUGCAAAAAGCUGGAAAAAGGCCGGCGGUGGGGUCAUAGUUGAAGAAGGGAAAGGGGCGUCUUUGAAUGCUAUCUUGCAGGCCAUGGAGGGAAACAUGAGCGGUGGCAGGGUCGUCUUGGGGAGGGUCACUACCGCAGACAAGGGCCUUACGGGGAUAGCGGGUCAGAAUAGGCCGGAGGGCAAGGCACCGCAAGACGACAAAGAGGAUGAAGACUUGGAGCUAUUGCUGCAUCCUCGACAUUGGACAAAGGUCAUUGAUGCAUUCGAUAUUCCACGGCUGACUUACAACGCCGACAAAAGAUAUUUCGAAAUUGUUAAGUCGGAGCCGAGCCUCUUCCCAUCACCUUCAAGGAAUAUUGCUUUGCUCCGGGAUCGUUACAACAUCAUAUACCAGCGUUUGCUCCGGAAUGAAUCAUUCCAGACUCCUCUCGGCUUGUCACGCUCCGGGAGCGGGUUAUCUAACCACCAGCAUGGCUACAGGCUCACACCUAUUGCGAACUUGCUUGGCAGAAGUGGCACCUCGCAUUUGCUGCUAGGGUUGCUUUCCGUGUCGCCUACAGGAGAACUUACCCUCAGCGACCUCACGGGUAGCAUUGCCGUGGAGUUGAGCCAUGCACAGCUAAUACCUCAGGAUGGGGCUUGGUUUACUCCGGGUAUGAUUGUACUCGUAGACGGGAUCUACGAAGAAGAAGAGAACGUCAAAGGGUCAACACUCGGCGGCAACAGCGGAAUCGGAGGCACUAUUGGCGGUAGAUUCGUUGGUGUCUCCAUCUGCGGCCCGCCUUGUGAGCGGCGAGAUACGUCCUUUGGGACCAGUGUUCGGGAAGGUGGCGGAGAGGUUAGUUCCAGUGGAGGUCUUGGGUGGGUGGACUUCCUAGGCCUUGGGAGUGAGCGUGCACGAGGUCCACGCAUGAGACAGGUCCAGGCUAGAUGUGUCGACCAUGCGCGCGAUGGCGCCGAAACUCCGAAUCGAUUCAAGGUAGCCGUCAUGUCCGAGGUGAACCUGGACAAUAUGAAGGUUGCGGAUGCGCUUCGGAGGCUUUUUGGUAUCUACAACGAUCUUCCCCCCGGCGAGCGCCCGAUGGUUUUCGUCCUCGUCGGGAACUUCGUCCGGCAAGCCACGGUCAGCGGCGGCGGCCAGGCGGGGAGCAUUGAAUACAAGGAGUAUUUUGACUCACUCGCGGGGAUUCUGUCUGAUUUCCCUUCGUUAUUACAGCGCUCCACGUUUGUCUUUGUACCGGGCGACAAUGACCCUUGGUCGUCCGCUUUCUCGGCUGGCGCUGCUUCUCCAAUCCCUCGGCAAGCGAUUCCUGAGCUUUUCACCUCGAGGAUAAAACGUGCAUUUUCCAUGGCCAAUGCCGAGUCGGAUCAUUCCCAGGGCGCCGAGCCUGCCGGCGAGGCUAUUUGGACCUCGAACCCAUCUCGCCUCAGUCUUUUCGGGCCGGUUCAUGAACUAGCUAUAUUCCGCGAUGACAUUUCGGGUAGGCUGAGACGCUGCUCGUUGAGCAUGACACAAAAUUUAGAUCCUUCCGGUACAGCAAUGGACGGGGACUUGGAGACUGAUGGCAGAUUGCACCCCGCGCCUGAAAGCCAUGGGGAAAUUAGACCGACAGACGUCAAGUCUUAUCCGGCUUCGGCGGUUCGAAUGGCCCGCAAGCUUGUCAAGACAAUACUAGACCAAGGCAGUCUGUCGCCUUUCCCCCUCUCGCUGCGGCCCGUACUAUGGGAUUAUGCAUCGUCUUUGCAGCUGUAUCCACUACCAACCGGGCUCAUCCUGGCAGACGCGGAGGCAGCACCGUUUUGUAUGACAUAUGAAGGGUGCCAUGUGAUGAAUCCCGGGAGGUUAAUUCCUGAGAUUAGUAUGCCAUGCAUGCAGUGGAUCGAGUACGAUGUUCUGAAGAAUCGAGGGAGAGUAAGAGAGGAACGUUACUAG